AUGCCAGAAGAACCAAUUCCAUCCUAUACUAUUAAAGAUGUUUGGGCGCAUAAUGUUGAAGAAGAAUUUCGUUCUAUAAGAAAACUGAUUCUUAAAUAUCCUUAUGUCGCUAUGGAUACAGAAUUUCCGGGUAUUGUCGUUCGACCAUUAGGAGAAUUUAAAACUACAGCAGAAUAUCAAUAUCAAUGUUUAAAAUUAAAUGUUGAUUUUUUAAAAAUAAUUCAAUUAGGUUUAACAUUCAUGGAUAGUCAAGGAAAAAGUCCACCAGGUGUUUGUUCAUACCAAUUUAACUUUAAUUUUAAUUUAACAAUGGACAUGUAUGCUCAAGAUUCAAUAGAACUUUUACAAAAAUCGGGUAUACAAUUUAAAAAACAUGAAGAUGAAGGUAUUGAUCCACAUUUAUUUGCUGAAUUAUUAACAACAUCAGGUGUUGUAUUUAUGGAAAAUGUAACAUGGCUUUCAUUUCAUGCUGGUUAUGAUUUUGGUUAUUUAUUAAAAAUGCUUACAGGAAAAUUAUUACCUGAUACUGAAAAUGAUUUUUUUGAAUUAUUAAAAAUCUUUUUUCCAACAAUUUAUGAUGUGAAAUAUUUGAUGAAAAGUUGUAAAAAUCUUAAAGGUGGUCUUGAAGAAGUAGCAAAACAACUUGAAAUUGAACGUAUUGGCCCACAACAUCAAGCUGGUAGUGAUAGUCUUAUGACUGGUUUAUCAUUUUUUCGAAUGAAAGAAUUAUUUUUUGAAGAUUCAAUCGAUGAAGGAAAAUAUUCAGGACAUUUAUAUGGUCUUGGAGCUUCUGCAUUUCCAGCCGGUGGUUUUGGUUAUGAAAAUGAUCCUGUUAAUAUAGUUGAAAAUGAAAGUCCUUAG